CUUCAUUCAAAAGAAAAGAAAAACAAAAACACCAUGGAGAGCAAUGCUUCUUCCAUGGCUCAUCUUUUUUUAAUUUUAUCAGUAAUGUUUACCCUUUUUUCAUCAUCAAAUGGAGUAGUGAAAGGUGCAUUUGAAGAAAACUUCAGUAAAAGUUGCCCUGGUACACAUUUCAAGACUUCUGAAGAUGGACAGAUCUGGUAUCUUACCUUAGACCAAGUAUCAGAUUGUGGGUUCAUAACAAAACAGACCUAUAGAUUUGGUUGGUACAGCACAAAGUUGAAAUUAGUAGGAGGUGACUCUGCUGGUGUUGUAACAGCAUUUUAUAUGUGCUCAGAAGUAGAGGCAGGGCCAUUGAGAGAUGAAAUAGAUUUUGAGUUCUUGGGAAACAGAACAGGGCAGCCUUAUCUUAUUCAGACAAAUGUGUAUAAUAAUGGCAGUGGUGGACGUGAAAUGAGGCAUCAACUUUGGUUUGAUCCUACUCUGGACUUCCAUACUUAUUCCAUUCUUUGGAACUCUCAUCAAAUUGUUUUUUUUGUGGAUCAAGUACCGAUAAGGGUAUACAAGAACGCGAAUCACACAAACAAUUUCUUUCCAGCCCAAAGGCCAAUGUACGUGUUUUCAAGCAUAUGGAAUGCAGAUAAUUGGGCUACUAGAGGAGGCUUGGACAAGAUAAACUGGAAAAAUGCACCAUUUGUAGCAUCUUAUAAGGAUUUCACGAUAGACGCUUGUCCAUGGAAAAAUCCUUACCCUGCUUGUGCUUCAUCCACCACUCAGCACUGGUGGGAUCAGAACAAUGCUUGGCACUUAUCAAGUAAAGAGAAGAUUGAUUAUGCUUGGGUUCAAAGGAACUUUGUGGUUUAUAACUAUUGUCAGGAUACUGUGAGGAACAAGUACAAGCCUCAAGAGUGUUGGUUAAAUCCAUUGGACUAAUAUUAAA